GCCACGCUAGGGGCCGAGGUAGUGGACUGACGACAGACGGACCGAGGGAGAACCUGGAACAGCCCCGAGGGGCGCGGGACCGAGCACGGCCUCCGCCGCUGGCUGCGAGGAUUCCAGCGUACGAAUGAUGCCGCCAGCAUGUCCGUGCACGCCAUGCUUUGUGAGCGCAUCGCCGUUGCCACGGAGCUGAUCAAGAGAGCGGAGGCCCUUUCGAGAUCGAGGAAGGGAGGCGUCGAGGGGGGCGCCAAGCUGUGCAGCAAACUGAAGGCUGAGCUGAAGUUCCUGCACCGGGUGGAGGCCGGGAAUGUGGCCAUCAAGGAGUCCCACCUGCAGAGCACCAACCUCACCCACCUCCGCGCCAUCGUCGAGUCUGCCGAGAGCCUGGACGAGGUGGUCGGCGUCCUCCAUGUCUUCAGCUACGUAGACCGCUCGGGAGAAAAGCAGAGCCUCGUGGUGGACGUGGUGGCCGACGGCGGCCACACGUGGGUCAAGGCCAUUGGCCGGAAGGCCGAGGCCCUGCACAACAUCUGGCUGGGCCGGGGCCAGUAUGGCGACAAGAGCGUCGUCGAGCAGGCCGAGGGCUUCCUGCAGGCCAGCUCCCAGCAGCCCGUGCAGUACAGCAGCCCCCGCAUCGUCUUCGCCUUCUACAACAGUGUGUCCAGCCCCGUGGCCGAGCAGCUGAAGGAAAUGGGCAUCUCUGUCCGUGGGGACAUCGUGGCCGUGAACGCCCCCCUCGAGCGUCCCGAGCAGUGCCUGCGCAGCGACAGCGAGUCUGACGAGGAGGCCGCGGGGCUCUUGGAGGUGACCCGCGUCGACAGGGAGAACGUCGUGGCCAGCGUGGCUUUCCCCACAGAGGUCAAGGUGGACGUGUGCAGUCGCGUGAACCUGGAUAUCACGACUCUGAUCACAUACGUCUCUGCGCUGAGUUACGGAGGCUGCCACUUUGUCUUCCGAGAGAAGGUGCUGACCGAGCAGGCGGUGCAGGAACGGAAGGAGCGCGUCCUGCCCCAGCUGGAGGCCUUCAUGGCCAACAAGGAGCUGUUUGCCUGCGAGUCGGCCGUCAGGGACUUCCAGACCAUUCUGGACACCCUGGGAGGGCCUGGCGAGAGGGAGCGGGCUGCCCGGCUGAUCGGGCGGGUCAGCGUGGUGCCGGACCAGCCCUCCGAGCGGGCCUUAAGACUGGUGGCGAGCUCCAAAAUCAACAGCCGCUCUCUCACCAUCUUUGGAACAGGAGACGCUCUAAAAGCCGUCACGAUGACGGCCAACAGUGGCUUUGUGAGGGCUGCCAUCAACCAAGGCGUGAAAUUCAGUGUGUUCAUCCACCAGCCCCGGGCGCUGACUGAGAGCAAAGAGGCCCUCGCCACCCCCUUGCCGAAGAGCUGUGCGGCCAGCAGUGAGCUCUGACGGCGGGCCCUUCUGCCACCGAAGAGGCAGGCCGGCAGAGCCAGUCCUCAGAGGGCCUCGCAGCCCGUCGCUGGGCACGUCGCUGCUCAGUCUUCUCAAAGUACAGACACACAGACCCGGAGGGCGACGGGAGGACAAACCCCGCUCGUCCACCCGCAGAAACACAGGCGAGGAAUCUGGCUCCACGUGUCCUGGGGUCGCUGCCUUUCCACGAGAAGGGCUGCCACAGUGUGUUUCCAUUGAGAGAACAGCGUUUCAGGGCAGUCUGUCCACACAAUGUCCUGCAUUAAACACCGGCUUGAAGACUC